UGAAGCUUCCCUCUCCACUUAGGACUCAGUAGCCGUACACAAAUCUAUUCCACUGUUGCCACUAAAAACCCGUGAGUAAAAAUGUGGGCCUUCACCCUCGAUUUGGCUCCCAAUUCUCAAUAUUCCCUAUUUUUCAGUCUCUGUUCUCCCCUUCCCCUUGGCGCCAUCUACUGCAUUCUGAAAGUCUAUCUUCCCUUGAGGAAACGUGUGGGGCUAAUAUUUUGCUCACCUAAUUGUUUCUUGGAAAGAGACCCAUUCUAAUUCCGUUCGAUCUACCGUGAAUUUUUCUUCAACGGAGCAAUUAGUAGUGGGGUCCGAAUCACGUCGUUCUCGUCCAUUUCCUUGACAAUGUCGCACUGGGUUUCACUGGAACUCGCCAACAGAUCUCUCACCAACCAUACCCGUCGAAAUGGGUCCGGAUUCAAGUGAUAUUUUCGCGCUGUGGAUUAACGUUUUGGGAUUCUUUUGAUGGCUCUUAAGGCUGGACCCUUCCAGGGUUGUGCUCGAACUUCUUCUCUGUUGGUGGCCAUUUCAGAUUCUGGGUCUGGGUGUGCUAGGAAUUCUUUGAACUGGAGGAAUGAUUUUGUCAGGCUGCGGAAAUGGGAAUCUUGUCGUAUGGAAGUUUUGGCUCAGAGAGCUAUCACUCCCGUUGAAGGUGAAAAGCCUGGUGUUGACUCUUCUCAGACGAUUAAUCGGACUCCGGACAAGGAGCCCAGGGGUUCUCGUAAGGAUUUGAGUAUUCUUCCAAAACCCUUAUCUGCAACUGAUCUUCAUUCGCCUAAUGAUGGUUCCAAAGUUCGAGUUGCUUAUCAGGGUUUACCUGGAGCAUAUAGCGAGAUUGCUGCAAUGAAGGCAUACCCAAAGUGUGAGACUGUCCCAUGUGACGAUUUUGAAGCUGCAUUUAAGGCAGUUGAAUUGUGGCUUGUUGAGAAAGCUGUUCUUCCAAUUGAGAACUCUGUUGGUGGAAGCAUUCAUCGUAAUUACGAUUUACUUCUUCGGCAUAGGUUACACAUUGCUGGGGAAGUGCAGUUGCAAGUUAACCACUGCCUCUUGGCAUUGCAAGGUGUGAGGAAGGAGGAGCUGAAAAAUGUUUUGAGCCAUCCCCAUGCUUUAGAUCAAUGUGAGACAUCACUAAGCGCAUUAGGCGUUCUCAGGAUCAGUAGUGAAGACACCGCUAUGGCUGCUCAGAUGGUGGCCUCAAGUGGCAAAAGAGACACUGGAGCGAUUGCAAGUGCUCGAGCUGCAGAAAUUUAUGGGCUCGAUAUUCUUGCAGAAAAUGUUCAGGACGACGAUAACAACAUAACUCGUUUUCUGAUCCUUUCAAGAGAACCCGUUAUUCCAGGAACAGAUAAACUGUACAAGACCAGCAUUGUCUUUACUCUUGAGGAAGGUCCCGGUGUCCUAUUCAAAGCCUUGGCGGUCUUUUCCUUGCGGGAGAUUAAUUUGACAAAGAUAGAGAGUCGUCCACAAAGACAACGUCCUCUAAGGGUUGUUGAUGAUUCCAAUGAAGGGAGAGCAAAAUAUUUUGAUUAUCUCUUUUACAUAGACUUCGAAGCUUCGAUGAUGGAUCCACGAGCUCAAUGUGCUAUGGCACAUUUACAGGAAUUUGCAAGGUUUCUUCGCGUUCUUGGUUGUUAUCCAGUUGACAUAGUUUGAUUGCACAUUAUCUUAGGCAGAAAAAAGUGUGUUCUUUCUUCCUGAUGCACAUCGAUCUGGCAGAAAACAAUGCCAGAUUCGGGUUCUGGGAGAACUGAGAAGUCAGGUGCUACAAGGAUACAUUCUUUUUAGUAGAAUCCUUUGUUUUCAUUCUGACUUCAUCAUUCUUUUAAGUUUUAACAACUGCCAUAGUUAUAGGAAAACUUGUAUAAGUUGGAAGAAUUGGUAGGUGGACGGACUAAGCUUUCUUUCUGUUAAGGAUUUCACAUACUAAACUUUUACUGGUGACUUAUCCCUUGGAGAGCAAUUUUUUCUUUGAAAAUUUGUUGUGAUUUCAUUUCACAUUCAGAGGGUAUUAGAUUAGGGGCCAGGGCCCAUUUGAUAUGUUGGAAUUUUUUCAUGGUUGUUGAGUUGAGUCAAUAGUUUUAAUUCAUGUUAUUAAUUUGAAGAAUGGUAA